UUACACCUCUGUCAGUAUCAUGUUUUCUUCUGUACUCAUAUAUUGGGUCUUUUAGGAGGUAGUGACCUAUGAGGAUGUGCAUGUGAACUUCACCAAGGAAGAGUGGGUUUUGCUGGAUCCUUCUCAGAAGAGUCUCUACAAAGAUGUGAUGCUGGAGACAUAUGGGAAUCUCACUGCUAUAGGCUACAUUUGGGAAGACCAUAAAAUUGAAGAACAUUUUCAAAAAUCCAGAAGUCAUGGAAGACAUAAACGAACACAUACAGGAGAGAAACCCUACGAAUGUACUCAAUGUGGUAAGGCCUUUGCAGAAAGCAGUGUUCUCCAGGAUCAUAGAAGAACACAUACAGGAGAGAAACCCCAUGAAUGUAAUCAAUGUGGUAAAGCUUUUGCACGAAGCAGUACUCUCCAAGUACAUAAACGAACACAUACAGGAGAGAAACCCUAUGAAUGUAAUCAAUGUGGUAAAGCCUUUGCACAAAGCAGUACUCUCCAAAUACAUAAACGAACACAUACAGGAGAGAAACCCUAUGAAUGUAAUCAAUGUGGUAAAGCUUUUGCUAAAAGCAGUACUCUCCAAAUACAUAAACGAACACAUACAGGAGAGAAACCCUAUGAAUGUACUCAAUGUGGUAAAGCCUUUGCACAAAGCAGUGUUCUCCAGUAUCAUAGAAGAACACAUACAGGAGAGAAACCGUAUGAAUGUAAUCAAUGUGGUAAAGCUUUUGCCCAAAGCAGUGAUCUCCAAAUACAUAAACGAACACAUACAGGAGAGAAACCAUAUGAAUGUCACCAAUGUAGUAAAGCUUUUUCAUACAGAAAUGUUCUUCAAAUACAUAAACGAAUACAUACAGGAGAGAAACCCUAUGAAUGUAACCAGUGUGGUAAAGCCUUUGCAGAAAGCAGUGUUCUCCAGUAUCAUAGAAGAACACAUACAGGAGAGAAACCCUAUGAAUGUAAUCAAUGUGGUAAAGCCUUUGCACAAAGCAGUAGUCUCCAAAUACAUAAACAAACACAUACAGGAGAGAAACCCUAUGAAUGUAAUCAAUGUGGUAAAGCCUUUGCACAAAGCAGUAGUCUCCAAAUACAUAAACGAACACAUACAGGAGAGAAACCCUACGAAUGUAAUCAGUGUGGUAAAGCCUUUGCAGAAAGCAUUGUUCUCCAGUAUCAUAGAAGAACACAUACAGGAGAGAAACCCUAUGAAUGUAAUCAAUGUGGUAAAGCUUUUGCACGAAGCAGUAAUCUCCAAGUACAUAAACGAACACAUACAGGAGAGAAACCCUAUGAAUGUAAUCAAUGUGGUAAAGCCUUUGCACAAAGCAGUAGUCUCCAAAUACAUAAACGAACACAUACAGGAGAGAAACCCUAUGAAUGUAAUCAAUGUGGCAAAGCCUUUGCACAAAGCAGUAGUCUGCAAAUACAUAAACGAACACAUACAGGAGAGAAACCCUAUGAAUGUAAUCAAUGUGGUAAAGCUUUUGCUAAAAGCAGUACUCUCCAAAUACAUAAACGAACACAUACAGGAGAGAAACCCUAUGAAUGUACUCAAUGUGGUAAAGCCUUUGCAGAAAGCAGUGUUCUCCAGUAUCAUAGAAGAACACAUACAGGAGAGAAACCCUAUGAAUGUAACCAGUGUGGUAAAGCCUUUGCACAAAGCAGUGUUCUCCGGUAUCAUAGAAGAACACAUACAGGAGAGAAACCCUAUGAAUGUAAUCAGUGUGGUAAAGCCUUUGCAUGAAGCAGUGAUCUCCAAAUACAUAAACGAACACAUACAGGAGAGAAACCCUAUGAAUGUACUCAAUGUGGUAAAGCCUUUGCACGAAGC